CCGCGCGGCCGCUUCCUUCCGGUCGCCGCCGCCGACGGAUUCGCGCGGCGCCACCUCCUGGAAUCGGACAACCGCCGGCACCAGCACCGGAUUCGCGUGCCGUCGAUCAGGUCCCCGCGGGCCGCGCCUCCUCGCCAUGGGCCCCCUGUCGGCGCGGCUGCUGAUCCAGCGGGGGCGACCCAAGUGCGACCGGCUGGGGAAGAUCCGGAGCCUGGACCUGUCAGGGAUGAAUCUGCUCUCAGAGCACUUGGACCCCAAGCUGCUGAGCCGCCUGAAGCAGCUGCAAGAGCUGGACCUCUCCAACAACCAACUGGAGACGCUGCCCGCCAACCUGGGCCUGUCCCACCUGCGCAUCCUCCGCUGCGCCAACAACCAGUUGGGCGAUGUCACUGUCCUGUGCCAGUUCCCACAGCUCGAGGAGCUCAGCCUGGAGGGCAACCCCUUUCUGACAGUCAGUGACAACCUGAAAGUUUCCUUCCUCCUGCCCAAGCUCCGUAAGGUCAACGGCAAGGACGCUUCCUCCACUUGCUCUCAGGUGGAGAACCUGAACCGGGAGCUGACCAGCAGGGUCACAGCUCACUGGGAGAAGUUCAUGGCCGCACUGAGCCCAGAGGAGGAGGCUGAGAAGGCCCAGGCAGACUUUGUGAGGUCGGCCGUCAGAGACGUCCGCUAUGGGCCCGAGUCCCUCAGCGACUUCACCCAGUGGAGGGUGCGGAUGAUCUCUGAGGAGCUGGUGGCCUCUGGUGGGACUCAGGUGCAUGAGGCAAACAUCUCAGAGAGGCCCCCAAAAGCCACCACUAUCCAGGAGCCUAGGGUGAGUGGUUCCAUGGGGCUCCCGGGCUCCCAGGGCCUGCCCUGGCCCUUCCUGCCUAGGGAGGCAUUAGGAAGGCGUCCUGGCAGUGUGCCCAGGAGAUGGCCUUCUUUGCUCGAGCUGGUUCCCUCUGACCCUGGUACCCCUGGCCUCCCGUACCCAUGGGAGAGUGCAGUCCAGCCUCUGAUGGGGAGGAAGGAAGCCCUGGGCAGAUGGACACAUGGUCACCAGGCCCUCGGGUUGCCCCCGCCCCCUCCUCCACAGGCCGGGCCAGUGGCCUCGAAGCGGCCAGGUGAUGGCCCAGUCAACCUCUCUCCCAACAAGCGGGUGUGCACCUCCCCGUUGGCCCAGGUGGAGGGCAGCCCUGUGGGCUCUGCUGGCAGCCAGACUGCCCUGCAGCUGGAGCCCCUGCACUUCCUGCAGUGCCACAGCAAGAACAACAGCCCUCGUGACCUGGAGACCCAGCUCUGGGCCUGCGCCUUCGAGCCAGCCUGGGACGAGGGGCAGGCAGGGGCCACAUCCCAGACCGUGGCCACGUGUGGUGGGGAGGCCGUGUGUGUGAUCGACUGCCAGACGGGCAUCGUACUGCACAAGUACAAGGCGCCUAGUGAGGAGUUCUUCUCAGUGGCCUGGACAGCCCUGACGGUGGUCACACAGGCAGGCCACAAGAAGCGCUGGAGCGUGCUGGCAGCUGCAGGCCUGCGGGGCCUGGUCCGGCUGCUGCACGUGCGGGCCGGCUUCUGCUGCGGGCUCAUCCGGGCCCACAAGAAGGCCAUUGCGACUCUCUGUUUCAGCCCCACACACGAGACCCACCUCUUCACGGCCUCCUAUGACAAGCGGAUCAUCCUCUGGGACAUCGGGGUGCCCAACCACGAUUACGAAUUCCAAGCCAGCCAGCUGCUCACACUCGACACCACCUCCAUCGCCCUGCGUCUCUGCCCCGUCGCCUCCUGCCCGGAUGCCUACCUGCUGGCUGGCUGUGAGGGCGGCUGCCGUUGCUGGGACGUGCGGCUGGACCAGCCUCAGAAGAGGAGGGUGUGUGAGGUGGAGUUCGUCUUCUCCGAGGGCUCUGAGGCAACUGGACGGAGAGUGGACGGGCUGGCGUUCGUGAACGAGGACGUCGUGGCCUCCAAAGGGAGUAGCCUGGGCACCAUCUGCCUGUGGAGCUGGAGCCAGACGUGGCAGGGCCGGGGCAGCCAGUCCACAGUGGCCGUCGUGGUCCUGGCCCGGCUGCAGUGGUCGCCCACCGAGCUCGCCUACUUCUCACUCAGCACCUGUCCUGGUGAGGGGAUGGUGCUCUGCGGGGACGAGGAGGGCAACGUGUGGAUCUACGAUGUCAGGCCCCUCGUGGCGCAGAGGCCCCCGCCACCGGCCACCCCGCAGGCCCCCACGCAGAUCCUUAAGUGGCCCCAGCCCCGGGCCCUGGGCCAGACAGUGAGCAGGACCAUGGUGAACACGGUGGUGGCCGACCCCACCUUUACCUACCUCACGGCACUGACGGACUCCAACAUUGUCGCCAUCUGGAGGAGAAACCAGCCUUGACUGUGGGACGCAACUUACUCAGCUUUUAGGGUCGUGAGGGGGACCUUCUUAUCGGUGACUUUUUUUUUUUUUUUGGUGACUAUUUUAUAUUAAAGUCUACUGUGUA